AUGCUAGAUUUAGUGCGGGAGCACUCUUUAAGGAAGGCAAACCUUAAAGGAAAACCGAUCGAUAAUAGGCCUAACAAAAAUCAAAUCCAACCCAAAAGGAUCGCAUUCGCUAAUAUUAAGAUUAAAAAUAGGGACGGUGGUCGGAAAGAAGAUAAUGAGUUGGUUGAAGAGUGUAUUCGCUCUUUGGAAAUGCGGCUAGAAAUGAUGACCUCUAUGAUCUCGAGUGCUCUAAAACGUCACAUUUGUCACUAA